CUCAAGAUGGUUUUCUUCAGGCUACCCACUACCCUGAGAUUUGUGAUCAAUGUUGUUGUUGCUGCUCCACAAGAUGUUUAAUAUCUCAAGUAAUUUUCUCCAGAUUACCAGAUCGGAAGAAAGUCAUCCCAAAGCUCAUGGAUGGCUCACCGAGGUGUACCAUAAGAUACCUACCUUGAGUCGCACACUGAAGGACUGCUGCUGCUUUUUGAUUCCAGACAAAGAUUGCUUCGUGUGCUGGCUUCACGUGCACGCAUGCCGCACUAGCAGCAGUGGACCGACAUGAGCUAGAACGAAGCCAUAAAGCGAGUCCCAAUUGCUCCUCUUUUGUACGCUUCGACUCCAUGUGACCUCCAAUUCCAUGCCCAGAUAACACUGUCAAAGCUAGGAGAAGGAGGAGGACAGGAGAGGGGGGAGUAAGAACAGGAGGAGAGGAGGAGAGGAGGUAUCAUACACAAUGUGCUACGUGGGGAAGGCCACCAAGAUCUUCUUCUUCCUAACUGGCUUCCUGCUUCUCCUCGGCUUUGUCGUCGGCUUCGGCCUCUCCCGCCAUGGCUGGGCCCACAAGGCCGCUUCCGCCGCCAAGCCCUGCCAGUACUCUGCCGCUGGCGGCGGCGCAUGCAGCUCUAUCUUCCCCGACCCAAUACCCGCCGACGCCGACGCCGCCGCCCCGCCGAUACCCGCCGACACUUUUGCCGCGCCGCCUCCUCCCUCGGCGGCCGAGAUGCCGCAACCUGAAUCCGCGCUGACCCCGCCGUCGACACCCUCCGUGCUACCGUCUCCACCGGCCACGCUGCCGCCUCCAGCCCCAGCCGAGCUGCCACCGCCCCCGACGACCACCGAUCCGACAUCCGCUACGGCUGCGCCGCCACUUGCCAGUCCCGGUCUGCCGAGCCCAGUGUGGGGGGCGACCGGUCCGGCUCAUUCAUAGUGGUAUAAAUGCUCUUAAAGGUCUCAUUAAACUGGUUAGUUUUAGAAUAAAAGGUCCAUUCAAUUAGUUUAAUUAGUUUUUUUCUUAUCCUUCUAAGAGGAAAUUUGACUUCACCUCCCAAGAUUAUCAUGAUUUUUAAUUCACUCCCAUGUUAAAAAAAAAUCAUUU